AUGAGCGUUAUAUCCAAAUCCAUGCCGAUCAAAAGCCCUUUCACCACCUCAACGACCUCCAAAACGAACAGCCCUUGUGCCACCCCGUCCACCACAACAGCUCCGCUUAUUCCAGAUAAGAUCUUGCCAAACCUGUACCUGUCAGACAUUCACACUGCUGCCGCAGUCCUAAGCCCCAAUUACAAUGCUCCCAAUCGGCCAAGGAUCAAGUACGUGCUCUCAGUCAUCGACAAUCCGGAUAAGCAGCCGAAAGUGCCCCCUGGACAUGAAGCAGAAUUCGUGCUCAAGAUGAUCAGCCUCCGAGACAAUGUCAACUUUGACCUGCUGCAGGUUUUGGGCGAAGCCUGCGCUUUCAUCAAGGCAAGUCUUCAAAACAACGAUGGUGGCGUCCUUGUCCAUUGCCAGAAAGGUGUAUCACGGUCCGCCGCAGUUGUGAUAGCAUUUAUCAUGGAAGAAAUGGACCUCGAUUACGACACUGCAUUCCGGUACGUUCGUGGUGGUCGGUCAAAGGCGAAACCGAAUUCAGGAUUUCAGAAGCAAUUGGAGCUGUGGGGCCAGCUGCGUUACAGCAUUCACGAUGCCGAUGGCAAAGAAAAGCCUGAGUACACAGCCUGGAAAGCAGAGAAUGAAGAGCAAAUCAAGAAAUUGGGUUCCAGGUGGACUGGGUAG